AUGGUCGGAAAGGCGCAUAUUCCUCGUCUGACAAUGAUCUGUACUGCAUCAAAGUUGUCUACCUAUUCAAUGGCCAUCAUGGAUGGCAAACGGAAUCGGAUCACAAAAGAGGAUCUCUGUGAUCAUGCAUGGGAAUAUCGUUUCACUAUUGCAGCACCAGAGUACUGGAGGAAUCUCGAUCCGUCCUGGAAGCGCACUGGUCCACCCAUGCGACGAUACUUCCACCAUGAUGGUUACCACAGUGCAGACCCUCAUGACGCUGUCCGGGGUGGCCAUGAGUGUGAGUACACGAUCAUAACAAGCUUUGUCGGUGAUGGAAGAAUCAGAGAUCAUUAUGUGAGGAUCAACCGGUGGCCACCGAUGAAAGUGUCGAGAAAGGAAGAUUGGAGCUGGGAGCUAUCCAACCACCUCUACCGCUACAACAGCAUCCCUGAUGCUGAAAAGGAAGGAUGUACAGGUCCGCUCUUCCCGGUUUGCAGGAGACUUUGUUUUGCAGCAAUUAAUGAGCUAUGA